AUGGGCUCAACGCAUAGUCGGCAAACAAAUGCCGGGCGACCAAGGCAAAGAAAUAAAAAUUGUUGGCCAUUUGCGAUAAACGAAGAAAAUAAUCCUGGUUCGUCAACUUGUGAGAAGUCAACGUCGUUUAUUAACGAUGAGAAAUGCAAAUCAGCUAAAAUAGCAGCAGCUACUGCUGCUGCUGGUGACUGCAGUAUAUCGCCUAAUAAAACUGAAGGAAGAAAUCGUCCACCGUCAUUAGCAUUAAAUGAGCCUUCAACCAGCUUAUUACCAUCAUUAUCACCUACAUCGUCAACAACUUCAUCGGAUUCUACAGCAUUCUAUUAUACGACAAACGAAAUGUUAUUGCAGAUAAUUAGAUGUUUUCCUUUUCCAAGUCCGAAAUCCUCUCCGCUUCCUUCACCAUCGUCAACCCAUCGUAAUCUUGAAAGAGCACUAUCGAUGAAUUCGGAGAUAAAAGAAAAACAAUAUAAAAAAUCUAACCGAUCAAAAAGCAUAAGUGAAGCAAAAAAAACCAAAUGUUUGGCAGGGAUGAGCAGUAACAAUUCUCCGCAAAGCAAAACUCCAUCAUCUGAGAAUAAAACGGGCGAUUCAGGAAGUGGAGUGGUCGAGAAGCUCGCCAUGGUUUGA